CAUGAUUACAGUUGCUAGGUAACACUCAAACACUAUCCCAUUUCGGGAGAUUUAUUAAAAACUGCACAUAUUCUUUGUAAGUGACCGACAUACGAUUUUGUAUGGGGUUUACAUCCACUCCGAAGCCGCUUUUAAGCUUCAUGAAGAUAGAUAUCUGUCGAUUGAGAGCAGAGCACAUCUGUCUUCUGAGCUUUGCCCAGGUUUGAGCUCUAAAGAUGAAAGAUCACAGAAGCCUCGUCAGACAAGCUGUCGCUCUGCUGGAUACAUUCCAGCCAGAAGAGGGCAGCCUCCAGGCGUUUGUAGACCACGCCUCCAAGGCUCUUCGGGACCUGGAAGACUCGGAGCAGAACUUUGUGCUGGAGGUUAUUUCUGGCUGCGUUGAGCACAGGAAGCUCUUGGACGUUGUGGUCAAUACCUUCUACCAUCGCACCGGAAAAGGCUUCCUACAAGCCGAUCGCAACCAGUUUAUGGUGAUCUGUUUCCUGGCUACGUUCCUCCUGGAAGACCUGGGUCUUCGCUGCUUCAGCAAGAUCGUCAAAUCCCUGGAUGCGGUGAAGAUGCACAAGUUUCUGAGUUUCUUCUUCAACGUGAACAACCUCAGCACCUGGAUCCAAGGGGAAUGGAGUCAGAUCUAUGACGCCCCCUAUGUGGAAAAGAGCUGGAUUGCACCUCUGCUGAGGUGGCAGCCAGAGGUUGAAGGAAUUAUCACCCAACUGGCCAGCAAAGCAGCUGGUGGAAUUCAACCCAAGAAAGCCAGUCAGAAGAUCACUGAACCUAAGGAGUUUGCCCUGACCAAGCCCAAACCUCGGACUCUCCCCAAACCAGAGCCCAUUCCCCAGCAGGAGCGACAUCGGCCGGUACCAGCCAGCACCUACCAGCUCCCCACGGAGAGAGAUGUGCUGGAGAAGGUCAAGCAGAAGAACCGUCAGCAGGCUAAUAAAGUCCUGUUAGAUGCCAACACUCAACAGUUCCACUGUGUGAAUCCAGAAAAGUCACAGCGGACCAAGAAGCUGCUGUCCCAGAUCCAGGAAGAGCGAGAUGCCCAGCUGCAGUUUAACUCGCUCUUCUCCUCUGGGACUCCAUCCAGCCACAAGACGGACAGCCCGCCCAUCAGACUGAACACCACAGCCAUCCUGCGUGAAGGAGCUCUCUACAACCGGCAGGUGGAGGAGGAAACACGGAGGAUGGUGGCGCUCCUGAGUGGGGGAGGCGAGCCCUCAUCCUUCCUACGGUGGCAGAAUGAGGUCCUGCAGCAGGACCUGCAGGAGGAGGUGGCCCUGCUGGACCGGCGCCGCAUAGAGGGACUCAUCAGCCACGAGGAGGCGGCACUGGCCCGCGUGCGCGUGAUGGAGAGCAACCAGCAGAGGGCGCUGCUCAAGAGAGAGGAGACCGCUGAACUGAUGCGUCGCUAUGCAGAGAAGCGGCUGCAGGAGGAGCAGGAGAUGAGGGAGCUGGUGGAGCAGGUGGUGGAGGGACACAAGAACGCCAAGGAAGCGAAGGCCAAGCUGUGGGCGUACAAACAGCGCAUAGCGGAGGAGGUCUCUGAGCAGAGCCGGCACCUCUUGCGCCAGGCCUUGGAGCGGGCCCAGGCGGACCUGGCCCGGAGGCUGGAGCUGAUCUCUCAGAUCCGGGCCAUGGAGUCUGUCCCCGUCAUCAGACACAAGUUCGUGGAUGACACCGAGACGGCAGGCCAUGCCCUCCUGGGAGAGAUGUCCCUGGCUGAGCUACGGGAGCGGCUGGCUGUGCUGCGGGAGGCGCAGAGCAGGGAGCAGGAGGAGAAGAAAGAGCGCCUCCAGGUGGAGAAGCAGAACCGUCAGCAGUGGCUCCAGGGGCAGCUGGACUUCAUCAGCCAGCAGAGGGCAGCACUGGGAGAGGAGGCCAAACGGAAGCAACUGGAGAAGAAGACCCGACAGAAGCCCUACCUGGGUGCGAGCGAUGACCAGCAGCUGCUAGAGCUUCAGCGCAAGCUGGAGGACAAGCGGCAAGAGAGGCAGAGACACAGGCAGGCCGAGGAUGCCAGAGCCAAAGCCUAUGGACAGGCUGCUGCACAGGCCCUGCUGGGAUGGAACCAACAGAGGCAGUGGUCAGAGGAGCACCACUGGGAGGAGCUAGAGAGCAGCCUGGAGCGCCAGGUCCAGUGUGAAGCUUCGGCAUCCGGCAGUCUCAGCCUGUUCCGGGGCCCUGAAAAGCCCCCCUCCUCUUUCCCUCGACCAAUCAAAGGGUCCGGCUAGGGCAAGGGCGUAACUUUGGCUGGAACAUUGGGGGGGUCGAGGUCUCCACCCAUUACAGGGGAAACAUGAUUAUUGGGGGGGUCAUGACCCCUCUAACCCCCCUGGAAAUUACGCCCAUGAGCUAGGGAGAAGAUUAAGAAGCUCAUGUGAGACACAUUACUGUGAAAUAUAGUAGCCUUAUUGUCUGGUUUUAAGAGUAGCUGUCACAAAUUUAGUAUUUGUUUGGUCUUCAUCUUUUACAUAGCAAAGUGUGUAAUAUGUGAUUGCAUCAGUAACACAGCCCUCAGGGACACACACACAUUAAAUCAUGUUUCUAUGUUUGCAUUUACUGGGCUGGCUGGCUUUGAAGGGGGCAAAGUCUUAUGACACUCGUACUAACCGUAAGAGAUACUUUUCCAGCAUAACUUGAAGCUAAUUUGCCCUGAUGCUAAGACUUAGUAUGGCCAGUUAGUCGGACUGUCCCAAGUGUCAUCUAUCACCACUGUAUCAAGUCUAACCACUGUCUUCUAUGGAAGCAUGGCUUAGUAAAGAAUACAGAAAGUCAACACAGGAUAGAACAUGUGUAACAAAGAAACCUUUCUGCCCAAACACAUUACAAAUGUGUUUUUGUAAAUCAGAUCCAUUAUGCAGGACAACUUUCUGCACAUCCAUCCAUGCAGUUUCUAUACCUGUUCUAUGCAGAA